GAGCGAGAGAGAGAGGGAGGCGAGUCUCCUCAGGCGGCUGUCCGGCCGGCGCACGGGCCUCUUCGCCCUCCUCCACGGGAUGUAGCUGCAAUGGUCGUCCGGCUUUGCAGAGCUGGAAUGUCAAGUUGGGUGGAGCUGUGAGCCAGUUUCCUGCAAAGUGCAACAACUCAAAAGUGAGAAGUCUUCGUCAGGGUGCUGGGCAGGCCAGCUCUUCAUCUGAUUUCAGAAAGGGGAAGAGGUCCGGUGUCUGCGUUGACCAAAUGUCAUCCCGCAAAGGCUCAGUUGCCGGCCAAGGAAAUGGGCCUUCAGCUAACGGCAGGGAGAGGGAACUUGUGGAGCUGGCUGAGCUCGGACCCCUCUUAGAGGAGAAAGGAGACCAAGCGGCAACCAGUUCGGCCAUUGUUCAAGACCAGCCAUGCCCAGCAACUCAGGAGGAAGAGGAGGAGGAGGUGCGGGUGCUGACCCUUCCUCUGCAGGCGCAUCAUGCGAUGGAGAAAAUGGAAGAAUUCGUAUACAAGGUCUGGGAAGGCCGCUGGAGGGUUAUCCCCUACGAUGUGCUGCCCGACUGGCUGAAAGAUAACGAUUACCUCCUGCACGGGCACCGGCCCCCCAUGCCCUCUUUCAGAGCCUGCUUCAAGAGCAUCUUCCGCAUCCACACAGAGACGGGCAACAUUUGGACCCACUUGCUAGGUUUUGUGCUGUUCCUUUGCCUGGGUAUCCUGACCAUGCUGCGGCCGAACAUGUACUUCAUGGCCCCUCUGCAGGAAAAGGUGGUCUUUGGCAUGUUUUUCCUCGGGGCCGUGCUGUGCCUCAGCUUCUCCUGGCUUUUCCAUACAGUCUAUUGCCAUUCAGAGAAGGUGUCCCGGACGUUUUCCAAGUUGGAUUAUUCUGGGAUAGCUCUGCUGAUCAUGGGGAGCUUUGUCCCCUGGCUGUACUACUCUUUCUACUGCUCCCCGCAGCCCCGACUUAUCUACCUCUCCAUUGUAUGUGUGCUGGGUAUCUCAGCGAUCAUCGUCGCACAGUGGGACCGGUUUGCAACGCCGAAGCACAGGCAGACGAGGGCAGGGGUGUUCCUCGGACUCGGUCUGAGUGGGGUGGUCCCCACAAUGCAUUUCACCAUCGCCGAAGGGUUCGUGAAAGCCACCACCGUGGGACAGAUGGGCUGGUUCUUCCUGAUGGCUGUCAUGUACAUCGCAGGAGCUGGCCUCUAUGCCGCCCGCAUCCCUGAGCGCUUCUUCCCUGGCAAGUUCGAUAUCUGGUUCCAGUCUCAUCAGAUCUUCCACGUGCUGGUGGUGGCCGCAGCCUUUGUCCACUUCUACGGAGUCUCCAACUUGCAGGAAUUCCGCUACGGACUCGAAGGAGGAUGUACUGACGACUCCCUUCUCUGAGGAACGCAGGGGACUUUAGUACACACUUCCUAAGUGCUUUUUAAAGUAACCUUCUUUGCUAAAAUCAAAAAAA